AUGAGUUUGAAAAAUCCGUUCAAAGUGCACAUUGUUGAUAAUAAGGCGCUAGUAUAUGAUGCAGAUGCAAUUCACACCCUCAGAUCACAAUAUCAUAUCGUUGGGUCACUCAUUGGUACUCUUCCACAACUUCCAAUGCAAAACCGUUUCUAUGGAUUACCGCUAAAAUUGAUGCAAGAAGAAGUGACUCUUUUAUUGUCAAAAGGCGUAAUAACGUUGAUUGAAGAUCGCAGCGCGCACAGAUGCCCGACUGAUGAUGAGAUUGAUGCAUAUCAUAAAGAGAAAGCGGACGAUGAGACAAGACAAAUUGCAGACUAUCUAAGAACCCGGAAAGCACGAAUUGCCAAUCAUACAUCUGGAGUCAACAAAUUGAAUGAAGAUGACAAUAGCUUAGGCUCACACAAAAUUCAAGGAGUAGAUCAGUCGCCGACCAUUUCGCCUUUGUCAUCUCCAUCUCCAUCUCCAUUAUCAGAGAGUCAACAAGAGGUGACCAUAACAAAUGAUAUACCAAAGUUGGAACCACCGCGUGGAUUUUCUCCAUCCGUUACGACAAAAACAUCCUCUUACUUGUUUCCAUGGUACGAUGACAAAAAUUGUAGUCAUGCUAGCCUUGAAGAAGCCAGAAGUCAGUUAAUAUGGACGUGGCCCGAGUCCGAUGAGGACAAAACUAGAUAUAAAGUAUUUAAGGAUAUUUGGGAGAAAGGCUAUUACAUUACUAGUGGAAGCAAGUUUGGAAGUGAUUAUUUGGCUUAUCCAGGCGAUCCACUUCAAUAUCACAGUCAAUUUGCCGUGUCUGUUGUAGAUAUGGAUGCUCCAAUAAAUCCAAUAGAUAUAAUUAGAGAGGGAAGAAUGAGUACCGUUGUAAGAAAGACCAAAUUGUUUUGUUCGUGGGACAAGGAUAAAGAUGAAGUUGUAUAUGUCUCAAUCCAGUGGGCAGGAAAAUAG